CACCCCAGAGACUAAAAAGAUGGCGUUCAACAUCCAUCUUGAAAGAGGCGACAGUCUAGUGCCUCGGUACGUGAAACCCAUCAUGAGGUACUGUAGACUUCCAGGAGGGUUAUACUACCUUUCCAUAGUCAGACCCGGAAAAAGGAUACCUCUGGAAACGGCCAUAAACAUGGAAAACUACGGGCAAGUCUUCAUAACCGGAAGCUGCAAAAACGUUGAAAGGCAGGGCUUCUUCCGGUUGCAUUUGAAUGAGUACAAGACUGUAGAGACAAUCACUUGCCUGGCACCAUUCCCGAUAGAUAUUCACAACCUGUACUCCCUCUGGGGGAAAAACGAAAAACUGCUGAACAACUUGCAGCUCCGUUUCGAGAUGGCUCUGAUCACAGACUUAUUUGAUUAUUUCAAAGAACCUUGGGCCUACGCCAUCUACCACGACAAAUUCGACCUUCUUCUAGAGGACCUGAACAAUCUUAUGACGUCGACAGUGGGGGUGCCUGGGUUCUCCUUGAUAUCCAACCUCAUAGAGAUGUACAAGAAGAACAAAUGGAGAGCGCUAUCUGCUGAUCAGAAUGACAUAGUGGAAGAGAAAUUCAACACCGCGUCGUACCCCAAACUCCUGGAGAAAAAAUUGUUGGAUUUUAUAAGAGAUCAUUUGGACAGUCUGCCGAUGUACGCCCAUCCAAUCAUGAUCAAAGCCAUUCUGGAAGGUUUCAACAAGAGCCCGAUGUUUUCGUACUGA